AGCGCGGCAGCCGGAAGUGCGUGGCCGCCCGCGGCCAUGGCGGCACUGGCUGUUGUCGCCUUGCUGUUGGGGGCAGCGUCCUGGCCGCCGGCUUCUGCCUCGGGUGAGGAGUUCUGGCCCGGACAGUCGGCAGCCGACAUCCUGUCGGGGGCGGCGUCCCGCAGACGGUAUCUUCUGUAUGACGUCAACCCCCCGGAAGGCUUCAACCUGCGCAGGGAUGUGUAUAUCCGAAUUGCCUCUCUCCUGAAGACUCUACUGAAGACGGAGGAGUGGGUGCUCGUCCUGCCCCCAUGGGGCCGCCUCUAUCACUGGCAGAGUCCUGACAUCCACCAGGUCCGGAUUCCCUGGUCUGAGUUUUUUGAUCUUCCGAGUCUCAAUAAAAACAUCCCCGUGAUUGAGUAUGAGCAGUUUAUCGCAGAGUCUGGUGGGCCAUUCAUCGACCAGGUUUACGUCCUACAAAGUUACGCAGAGGGGUGGAAAGAAGGCACCUGGGAAGAGAAGGUGGACGAGCGGCCGUGCAUCGACCCGCUGCUGUACUCCCAGGACAAGCACGAGUACUACAGAGGAUGGUUUUGGGGUUAUGAGGAGACCAGGGGUCUAAACGUCUCCUGUCUGUCCGUCCAGGGCUCGGCCUCCGUCGUGGCUCCCCUGCUUCUGAGAAACACGUCGGCCCGGUCCGUGAUGUUAGACCGAGCCGAAAAUCUGCUUCAUGACCACUAUGGCGGAAAGGAAUACUGGGAUACACGCCGCAGCAUGGUGUUUGCCAGGCACCUGCGGGAGGUGGGCGACCAGUUCAGGAGUCGGCACCUCAACUCCACAGAUGCCACGGACAGGAUCCCCUUCCAGGAGGACUGGACGAAGAUGCAGGUCACGCUGGGCUCGGCGCUAGGGGGCCCCUACCUGGGAGUCCACCUGAGAAGAAAAGAUUUUAUCUGGGGUCACAGAGAGGAUGUGCCCAGUCUAGAAGGGGCCGUGAGGAAGAUCCGCAGCCUCAUGAAGACUCAGCGGCUGGACAAGGUGUUUGUGGCCACAGAUGCCGUCAGGAGGGAAUAUGAAGAGCUAAAAAAGCUGUUACCUGAGAUGGUGAGGUUUGAACCCACGUGGGAGGAGCUGGAACUCUACAAGGACGGAGGCGUCGCCAUCAUCGACCAGUGGAUCUGCUCACAUGCCAGGUUUUUUAUCGGCACCUCAGUCUCAACAUUUUCUUUCCGGAUUCAUGAGGAAAGAGAAAUCCUGGGGUUGGACCCCAGAACGACGUACAACAGAUUCUGCGGAGACCAAGAGAAUGCGUGUGAGCAGCCCACACACUGGAAGAUCAGCUACUGAGACAGCGCCGCUCCCCGGUCCGGCCGACGCGGGUGGAUGCACGCUCUGCCGUCGUGGAGUCAGCCUCUACUGCCCAGCCAGGAGCUGAGUAGACACAACUGUCCCUCGCAGGCUCCAGGCCCAGCGGAGGCCCCACCCUUGGGGUAUGACGCAUCUAGAGUCACGUUCUGUCCCUGGUGUUCCUGGCCGCCGGCGGCUUAUGAAGAGGCUCCGCUGCCUUCAGGGCGGUGGUUGUGUUUGCAGCUCAGUUGUGUGUCCAGAAGCAGGGAGUGUGUCAGGUUCCAGCUCGGGGCCUUUCCAGCCGCCUUUCAUGUCUUCAUGUUUUAAGCGAGUUGAGGAUAGAAGCUGGCAGGUGAGCUGCCUCCAUUGGGUGGACCUGGGGCCGACAUCUCCCUGGAAGCCGGUGCAAGGAGCAGCAUAAUUUUAAAUUCUGUGGGAGCGGCCAGGGGCCUUAUGAACCCCUGUGCCCUCUGCGCAGCAGGAGGCUGCCUGUGAGUGCGUUUUCUCCUGGGAUGUGUGAAAGGCUGACCUGGUGCUGCACAGCGGGGUUGAGGCCUCAGGGAGCCCCGUGGAGUGAUGACAGUGCAGGCCCCACGUCUGCACGUCGGCGUGCUGGGAAGUUCUUCAGUGAUGCCUUGGGCCAGACACUCAGUGAAUUGUAGGAAAUCCUAGCUCCGCCUCACACCAGGCCUGGUUGGCUGCCCGUCCUCACCCAGCCACCCACCCUCGCCCUGGCUGGCACAUGCACGUGGGCCCUCCGGACGCCUGAGAACUGGAAAUGAGAAAGGACAGUCACACCGACUCCAAAAGGCUGUCUAGGAUGAGCUGCCUUAUCAGGGAGCUCCUUGUACCCAUUUUACAGAAAUCAUUUUUAGGUCUAUGCUACAACCACAAGGGGCACCUGCAAAGAGGGCAGUGCUGGACACAGAAUGGAGGGAGGAGCAGCAGUGCCUCGGGGGUCCUCAGGGUCAAGGGGCCCCCCUCACCCCCUUGGCCCAUUGCCACCUUCCCUCCAUGGUGUUGUGUGACUCUCCAUCAGGCUGGUGGGGGCUGAGCCUGCCACUUUCCACAUCUGCUAGAGGAACAGUGACGCAGACGUUUGACAGGGAGGACAGUGAGUGAGGAGGGACAGACAGCUCUUCCCUUCGGAGCCUGGCUAGUCUAGGACAUCACCUUGCUGUGUCUUCUUCUCAAGCUUUUAACAUUGACCCUGAACUUGUGGCAGGGUUCUGUGGUGUUAGAGCUGUGCAGGGUCAGUGGUGACAUAUUUAUUCUUUUUCCGUUUGUUCUAGAAACAGUGCCUUUUUGAUCAGUUGAAUUUUCUUCAGGCUGAGAGCUGUAUAAAAGUUUGGACUGUGACCAUGUACCUUCCUUUUUAAGAAAAAUAAACUGCUUUAUGGUAGGUGGUA